GGAGGAUGAGAGCCCGGGGAGAAGCAGGCUCCCCCCGGAGCGCGGGGCUAGACAAGGGGCCAUUCCGGGACCCCAGGAUCCUGACCUGGAGGAAGGCAGACACUCAACUGCGAGCCCCCCGGGCGUCCCCUGUGAUGUGUUUUCCAAAUGUGAAUAACUUCAGUAUUUCCUCAUUGUGGAAACAAUCCACUGUUGGUUGGAGUCUCGAGCCUGUUGCCUUCUAGCCGGGACGGUCCCCCAGCCCUUCAGCCCAUCUUCUCCCGCCGCCUGCACACGCGCGGCUCCGUAAUCGAGACCGCGGGGCACGCAGGACCGCCGGGCACGCAGGGAGCAUCAGGGGCCCUUUCCCGCACUGCCUAUCCGUCUGUCCCUCUGUCCAACCGCCCCACAACCCCCUCCCGCCUCUUUCCUCGCCCCUCCGGGCACACGUACCUUCACCCUGCAUCGGUAUCCCCCAAAUUCCUCCGUCCGGGGUGCCCUGAGUGUCUCUGUGACUGGUUCAUGGUGCCCCCUUUUGGGGGAGCAAGAACCCCGGCCCCUUUCAUGUCCUUGCAGCUGGACUAAGAAUCACGUGGCCACGAGGCAGAUUCACAGGAGAAAAUCCAAUUUAGCAGCGUGCGGACGGGGAAUCCACACAGAUGUGAACGUCCCGGACGGUCGGGCGACAGGGGGCACCCGUGUCAUCUGAACGGAGAAGAAGGGCCGGGGCUCUGGGGCUUCGGAGGGAAGGAACCCGCUUCACAGGGCGACAAGAGGCGGCUGUUUGCGGAUUAGGGGGUCUUCCGCCGUGCAGAUCAAAUGCAUCUCUGCUGAGAACCUUAUUCUGGAAAGACCCCCCCCCAGUCCAGAUUCUUCUGUGGGGUUAAGGAGGGGGCAGAGUUUCUCCCGAGCCCACGGGGUCUCCAUUGCCAGCAACUCAAGAGAAUGCUCGCGCCAAGUAGUGCGUUCCUGGGGGUUGGAGUUUGACCCCUUCACCUCCGACCAAAAGAAAUACCCAAUAGUUCUAUCAAUUAAUUGCUGCUGUUGGGUCCAAACAACUCAGCAGCAGCAGGUUGUGUGGUGUCCAACAGGUGACUCUGUGCCCCCCUGAGAAGUUUAAAAACCCACGAGCGACCUUGCAAGUUGGCUGAGGUUCCUCAGGGUGCCCGGACACACCGUUUGGGAACCAUCGCCCGACCACUCUGGGCAAUGCCUUUUCCUCACCUGCAUGUCCCUCAGAGGCUUACCUGUGAGCCGCAGCCGCCACCAUCUGGAGAGACAACAGGACACACGAUGUCUUCCCGAAAGCAUCAGGUCGGGGGACAGGACCCAGGUGACCUCACCAAAAUGCUCCACUCCCUGACCCUGCAGCAGCCGGAAGGAAGCAGGGCCCAACAGAAGACAAAGGGCCCCGAGCACAGGCUGGCUAGCCAGUACGAGGAGAAGGUGCGCCCCUGCAUCGACCUCAUCGACUCCCUGCGGGCCCUGGGUGUGGAGCAGGACCUGGCCCUGCCCGCCAUCGCUGUCAUCGGGGACCAGAGCUCGGGCAAGAGCUCCGUGCUGGAGGCUCUGUCGGGGGUCGCCCUCCCCAGAGGCAGCGGGAUCGUGACCAGGUGCCCGCUCGUGCUGAAGCUGAAGAGGCAGCUGCAGGAGAGUGCGUGGAAGGGUCGGAUCAUCUACGGCACCAGGGAGGUCCAGCUCCAGGACCCCUCCCAGGUGGAGAAGGAGAUCCUCAAAGCCCAGAACACCUUAGCCGGGGACGGAGUCAGCAUCAGCCAUGAGCUCAUCAGCGUGGACAUCAUCUCCCCCGAGGUUCCGGACCUGACCCUCAUCGACCUCCCCGGCAUCACCAGGGUGCCUGUGGGAAACCAGCCCCAGGACAUCGGGCUGCAGAUCAAGGCACUCAUCAAGAAGUACAUUCAGAGGCAGGAGACAAUCAACUUGGUGGUGGUCCCCUGCAACGUGGACAUCGCCACGACAGAGGCGCUGAGCAUGGCUCAGGAGGUGGACCCCAGAGGAGACAGGACCAUAGGAAUCCUGACCAAACCGGAUCUCGUGGACAAGGGCGCGGAACCCAUGGUCAUGAAAGUGGCUCAGAACCUCACGUACCAUCUGCAGAAGGGCUACUUGAUGGUGCGGUGCCGGGGCCAGGAGGAGAUCACCAACAGGCUGAGCCUGGCCGAGGCAACCAGGAAGGAAACGAUGUUCUUCCAGAAACACCCGCACUUCAGAGCUCUCCUGCAGGAAGGAAAGGCUACGGUGCCCUGUCUGGCGGAAAGACUGACCAACGAGCUCAUCUUGCACAUCAAUAAAUCACUCCCGCUGCUAGAGGAGCAAAUACGGGAGAGCCACCAGAAGGCCACCGAGGAGCUGCACCAGUGCGGAGACGACACCCCCAGCAACGAGACCGACAGGAUGUUCUUCCUGAUCGACAAAAUCAAGAUGUUUAAUCAGGACAUUGAGAAGCUAACAGAGGGAGAAGAAGUGGUCAAGGAGAAAGAGACCCGCUUAUUUAACAAAAUCCGGGAGGAGUUUGAGAACUGGGUGCUCGUGCUCACAGCCAAUACCCAAAAAGUUAAAAAUAUUAUUCACGAAAAAGUCUCAAUAUACGAGAAGCAGUAUCGCGGCAAGGAGCUUCUCGGCUUUGUCAACUACAAGACGUUCCAGACCAUAGUGCACCAGUACCUCGAACAGCUGGUCGACCCCGCGCUUGCCCUGCUCCAGAAGGCUGUUGAAAUCAUCCGGCAAACGUUCUCCGACACAGCCAAGAAGCAUUUUAGUGGAUUUUCCAACCUUAAUCAAAGAGCCCAGAACAAGAUUGAAGACUUAAAAACGAGACAAGCAGAAAUAGCGGAAAAUCUGAUCCGGCUUCAGUUCCGAAUGGAGCAGCUGGUGUACUGCCAAGACGAGAUUUACAGCGUGGUUCUGAACCAAGUCCGGCAAGAGGUUUUCAACCCAAUAGGAAAGCCCAUGCAGAAUCAUGAGAUGAAAACGUCUUUCUCAAAAGAUACGUCUUCGAUGUCGUCCAUCACUGAAAUUGGGGUGCACCUGAAUGCAUAUUUCUGGGAAACCAGCAAACGUCUGGCCAACCAGAUCCCAUUCAUAAUUCAGUAUUUCAUACUCCAGGAGAACGGCAGUUGCCUACAGAAAGCCAUGAUGCAGGUCCUACAGGAGAGGGAGAACUACUCCUGGCUGCUUCAAGAGCAGAGCGAUAUCGCUGCCAAGAGGAGGUUCCUUAAGGAUAAAAUUUACCGGCUGUCUCAGGCGCAGCGCACGCUCUAUAAUUUCUACGGUUAAAGGGGGCGCGUCUGUGGAGGGGCACGAUGCUUCAGGAUUUUCUCUUCUGUGCAUUCACCUUAAGGAGAGGCGAGAGGUGGCCUCUUACCUGGAACCAAGCUUUUCUGCUGCCCCCCUGUGUCCGCCUUCUCUGUACUGCGCUUGCGCUCAGCCCAGAGUUUGUAUCUAAAGUUCGCACUCACUCGGGGCUGUCACCUCCGCCAGGAGGUCCUCUCUGAUCUCCCCAAAGAGGUGGCUCUCCAGUCCUUGAGCCCCACAGCCCCUGGUCACAGCGUUGUCAACUAUUGCUCUCUUUCUUUGUUAGGUUGUAGGGCCCCAGAGGGGGGAGGUCAGGAUCAUAUUCUUCUGUAUUUCCAGAAUCUUGAAUGGCACCGGCUACACUCUAGUCCCUUAAUACAUGAUCUGUCACUGAACACGUGAAUGAGGAAGCCUCCCGGGUGCUAUGGCUUUAAUCAAGACUUGGGUGGUUUCAGAAGGUGUCCCUUGGCUGGCCGCUCUCAGAGCAAUUCAGCCAUGCCACCUGCUUCCCAGGGUUGACCGUAGCCGUGUUUCCAGCCCCCCAAGGGAAAGGAGCUCGAAUGAUACCAAUUCUAAUGUGGUUUCCUGGCUCCAGGGAGCCCCCGUGUGAAGUCUUAAAGAGAAGGUUAGUAAGGAGAAACACUUUUUAAAGAGUGUAUUUGUUUAUUUGACACAGAGAGAGAGAAAGAGAAAGCACAAGCAGCAUGAGCAGGAGAGGGAGACACAGACUCCCCACUGAGCCAGGAGCCCAGUGCAGGGCUCGAUCCCAGGAUGCUGGGAUCAUAACCUGAGCCAAAGGCAGACACUUAACUGACUGAGCCACCUGGCGCCUCAGAAAAAAUAUAUAUAUAUUUUUUUAAUGCAGAGAUUUAUACCAGUGGCCAUCUCUAGGUUGGAGGAUUGUGGCUAAUUUUAUUUUGUCCGUCAUGCUAGGCAAUACCUACUUCAGAGGAAUUUUAGGAGGGUCAAGGGUAAGCAUUUCUGCAAAACACCUGUCCCAAAGCAGGUGUUCAAAAAUGCCAGCAAUUCCUCCCUCCCCAUCCGACACCUCUUCCUUCCUUCCUUCCUUCCUCUCUAGGUCCGUAGAGCACCCCUCGGCUUCUGAAACCCCUGCAGCCCACUCUAUCUCCCUGUCCUUUGAUACUCUGCGAGGCGGCUGCUCUAAGGUGGUAGAGGAGCCCGACCUCAUUGUUUUGCACCCACACGCCCCGUGGUCCCAGCACCCUUGGUGGAAGGGACCAUCCUUCUUCCCCCACUGGUCUUAGCACCCUAGUCAAACAUCAUCCGGCUGUACGCGGAAGUGUUUAUUUCUGGGCUUUCUGUUCAAGUCCGCUGGUCUGUGUCUGACUUUAGGCCAAUACCACCGUGUUUUGGUAACAGUAGCUUUGCAGUCAGUUUAGAAAUCAGGAAGCGGGGGUCCUUAACUUCUUCUUUCUUUCUCAGGAUGGUUUUGCCCACUUCGAGGUAGCUUGAGAUUGUACAUGAAUCGUGAAUCUUAGGGUGGGCUUUUCCUCUCUCUACCAAAAAUGUCAUUGGGAUAUUGACCGGGGACGGUGCUGACUCUGGAGGUCACUUUGGGGGAUACCUGCAUCUUAACGAUAUGAAAUCUUGCAAUCCAUGAACACGGGAUGUCUUUCCAUUAAUUUAUGUCUUCUUUAACGUCUUUGAACAAUGCUAUUAUCAUUGAGGCAGGCAUUGAGAGAGAGAGAGAGAGAGAGAGGCGCCGCCCGCCCGCUUGGCGGUCGCCUUUUUUUUUAAGAUUUUAUUUUUUUGACAGAGAUCACAAGUUGAUGGAGAGGCAGAGAGAGAGAGAGAGAAAAGCAGGCUCCCCGCUGAGCAGAGAGCCCAUGCGGGACUCGAUCCCAGGACCCUGAGAUCAUGACCUGAGCCGAAGGCAGCGGCUUAACCCACUGAGCGUAUGGGUCUUUCAUUUCCGUGAUUAGGUUAAUCCCCGAAUUGUUUAUUCUUUUUGAUGCUGUUGUAAGCGGAACUGGUUUUCUUCAUUUCUUUUCCAGACCACUCAUUGUUAGGGUUACAGAAACGCAACGGACUUUCACUCUUCAGUUCAUAUCUUGGUACUCUCCAGUUUGUGCACUAGUCCUAACAGCUUUUUGUUUUUUGGUUUGGGGGGGGGCAGAAUAUUUGUGGUUUUGCACUUGUAAAGUCAUUAAAUCUUUGAACCCUCUGUGAACAGAGAUCACCGUACUUCUUCCUUUCCAAUCUGGAUGUCUUUCAUUUUGUUAUCUUGUGGGAUUCGUCCUCGGACACCAUCUUGAAGUGGCAAAAGUGGAGCGUCUCUGGUUUUAAAGAACCUUUGCGAUAUUGAAGCUAACCGUUACGGAAAGAGCAUAGGAAAGAGAAAAUAUUGAUCUUUGUUCUGGCAACCUUUACUUUUCUUUUUUCUUUCGUAAUUUGGAUUUCCCCCCUCAUUUUAUGAGUUGGGUCACGUAGCAGCUCUGAGAAGACCCACGGCUCCUGUUCCCUUGUUUGUGGCCUUCUUACCUUUAAAUUGUAAACGCCGUUGUGAAAGUAAAGUCUGAGAAAAAGCAA